AUGGCAGAAUGGAGGCCGCCGCCAGCGCCGCCGUGUGGCCGCGCGCGGGGUUCACGUGCGGUCGAUGCUUUCAGAGCGGCGAUGGCUCUUGCGGCUUCCCGCCCUCCCGCCCUCCCUGCAUUUGGAUUGGCGCUGCGCCCUCCCCUCCGCUUCCCUCCCCCUCCCAGCAGGGGGCUCAGAGCCUCUGGUUGCGAGCGCCGGGAGGGCAUUGGAAAUGCCCACCUGCCUCCGCUUCCGGUUCAACCCACGUCGUUAGUUCCCACAGGGGUGCAGCGGCAGCGGAAUCCAGUUGUCUACAAGGGUGAAAGAACUUAUUUACAAUUGUACACAUCUGUGGUGAAUACUCUCUCGAAAGGUCGUCUGCUGUCCUUGCCCGGAAAAGAGAAUGUUCAGAGUGAUAGCUUAGAUAUACAACGCUCCCGAAAAGCUAAGUUCUCGACUAUUUUGAGGCAACGGUAUUGGAGUGUGUACGAUGGCAAGAUUUUUGGAAUUUGUGGUUUCCACUGUAAACUCUUGGUGGUGCUGGUGCUGCCCACGCGGGCUUCAGAGAUCGCGCUCCUCCAAUGCUGCGCGGAAGUUCGUAAACAUGACUGA